UACCACUGUGUCCAAUCCCAAUCCCAAUCCACAAUCCCAAUUCCAAUCCCAAUCCCAUCGUCAUCGUCGUCGUGCGGCACUGAACAUGGACAAAGUUCAUUUCCGAACUCAGGUCCUAGCUCGCCAUCUCCGAGACCAAAACAUUGCCACCGCCACCGCCGCCGUAUCACGGUCGCCAUGCCUCAGCUAUGCGCCGCCGGAGGUUUCGGAGUCCGCCUUCUCAUUCGACGUGAAUUCGAUGCGGAAAUUGUUGGACGGCCACAAUUUGGAGGACAGGGACUGGCUGUUCAAUCUCCUUUUGCAGAGCAAGCUUUUCAAUCCUAAAAUGAGGGGCGGGAAAGUGUUCGUGGUGCCGGAUUAUAACCAGUCGAUGGAGCAGCAGAGGGAGAUCACCAUGAAGAGGAUUCAGUAUAUGCUGGAUCACGGGGUGUUCGAGGGUUGGCUCACCGGUAAGGGCUUUGAAGAUGAGAUGAGAAAGCUUGCCCUAUUGGAGGUUAUUCAGGUUUUCGAUCACUCCCUCGCAAUUAAAGUCGGCGUCCACUUCUUUUUAUGGGGUGGUGCCCUCCAGUUCUUUGGCACAAAACGGCAUCAUGAUAAGUGGUUGAAGGCAACUGAAAACUACCAUAUGAAAGGGUGUUUUGCAAUGACAGAGUUGGGUCAUGGAAGUAACGUUAGAGGUAUUGAAACAGUGACUACUUAUGAUUCGAAGACAGGAGAGUUUGUGAUCAACACUCCUUGUGAAUCAGCUCAGAAGUACUGGAUCGGAGGUUCAGCUAAUCAUGCCACACAUACGGUGGUCUUUUCACAGCUUGAAAUUGAUGGAAAGAACGAAGGUGUCCAUGCUUUUAUCACCCAGAUAAGGGAUGGGGAUGGAAAUAUCUGUCCCAAUGUUCGAGUCGCAGAUUGUGGUCAUAAAAUUGGUCUAAAUGGUGUAGACAACGGUCGAAUUUGGUUUGACAAUGUCCGGAUACCUCGUGAGAAUUUGUUGAACUCAGUUGCUGAUGUUUCUCCUGAUGGAAAAUAUCUCAGCGCAAUAAAGAACCCGGAUCAGCGAUUUGCAGCAUUUAUGGCUCCUUUGACAUCUGGGCGUAUCACCAUUGCUGUUAGCGCUGUUUACUCAGCCAAGAUUGGCUUAGCUAUUGCCAUACGAUAUUCUUUGACAAGGAGAGCAUUUUCGAUUGCACCAAAUAGCCCUGAAGUUCUUUUGCUUGAUUACCCGAGCCAUCAGCGCCGCCUUUUUUCUCUUCUUGCAAAGACUUAUGCUAUGAGCUUUGCUGCAAACUAUCUGAAACUGCUGUACGUUAGAAGGACACCGCAGUUAAUCAAAACAAUACAUGUGGUUUCGAGCGCCUUCAAGGCCAUUCUUACAUGGCAUAACAUGCAAACUCUUCAGGAAUGCCGUGAGGCCUGCGGAGGGCAAGGAUUAAAGACCGAAAAUCGUAUUGGUCAGCUAAAGGCUGAAUUCGAUGUGCAAUCCACAUUUGAGGGAGACAACAAUGUUCUCAUGCAACAGGUUAGCAAAGCCCUGUUCGGAGAGUAUUUGGCGGCAAAAAGGACCAACAAGCCAUUUAAAGAAUUGGGACUCGAACACAUGAAUACCCGGAUCCCCACAAUUCCCACACAGCUUUCGGGUUCCACUGCCCGCAGUGCGGAGUUUCAGAACAAUAUCUUCUGCCUGCGAGAAAGAGAUCUCUUAACUCGCUUUGCAGCUCAAGUCGCGGCACUCCAAGCUCAGGGAGAAACCAAAGAGUCUGCCUUUACCAAGAGUUAUCAGCUCGCGGAAGAUUUAAGCCGGGCAUUUGCUGAUCGUGCAAUUUUCCAGUCUUUCGUGGAAGCAGAAAAUCGAGUAGCAGAUGCUUCCUUAAAGGAUGUGUUGAGCCUGGUGAGAUCAAUGUAUGGUUUGGUUAUAAUGGACGAAGAUGCUGCAUUUCUUCGAUAUGGUUACUUAACAACGGAAAAUGCUGCAACGGUGAGGAAGGAAGUCGCUAACCUGUGCAGUGAACUUAGGCCUCAUGCACUUGCCUUGGUCAGUUCCUUGGGCAUUCCCGAUGCUUUUCUGAGCCCUAUUGCUUUCGAUUGGAUCGCGGCAAACACUUGGUCUGAUUGAUGGCCAAAUAUAGUCUCUCUAUCCUUGAACAAUAAUUCGAUCCUUUUGGACUGCAUUGUUACCACAUUGUAAUAAUCCUGCUAUAUACAUGUCUGCGUAUGUAGUAUGGGGCCUUAAAAGAAAUAAACCUGCAGAUUAUGAUUGUUUUCAA